AGACGCGGACAUUACCGAGAGGACAGAAUGAAAGAAGUCGGGGUUCUGUGCGUUCUUGGGGCGCUGCUCGUAGCUCAGUGCGCCUCCGUCAUCAGAGUCCCUCUUCAUAAAACCAGGAGCCUGCGCCGCCUGAUGAACGACAACGGGAGGUCUCUGGAGGAGCUUCGAGCUUUAGCUCAGACCUCAGAGGCUGCAGKCAGCGCUCCUUCCUCCGGACUGCCGGUGGAGAGGCUCACCAACUUCAUGGAUGCCCAGUACUACGGGGUGAUCAGCAUCGGCACUCCUCCGCAGGACUUCUCUGUGCUCUUUGACACCGGCUCCUCCAACCUCUGGGUCCCCUCCAUUCACUGCUCCUUCUUCGAUGUGGCCUGCUGGGUUCAUCACAAAUACAACUCGAAGAGGUCGAGCACGUACGUUCAGAACGGCACCAAGUUCUCCAUCCAGUACGGCAGAGGUAGCUUGUCUGGCUUCAUCAGCGAGGACACGGUCUCAGUGGCAGGCCUGCCUGUGACCAAUCAGCAGUUUGGUGAGGCUGUGCAGCAGCCCGGCAUCACCUUCGCCGUUGCCCGGUUUGACGGGGUCCUGGGGAUGGCGUACCCCUCCAUCUCGGUCGCUAACGUCCUCCCGGUGUUCGACACAGCUAUGGCUAAGAAGCUCCUGCCCCAGAACCUUUUCUCUGUUUAUAUAAGCAGAAACCUGACGGCAUCAGUCGGAGGGGAGUUGGUUCUGGGUGGGACCGACCCGCAGUACUACACCGGAGAGCUACAAUACUUUAACGUGACGAGGAAGGCCUACUGGCAGAUCGGCAUGAACAGCGUUGAUGUUGGAAAUCAGCUGACCCUUUGCAAAACCGGAUGCCAGGCAAUCGUCGACACAGGAACGUCCCUGAUGGUCGGUCCUGCAGCAGAGAUCAAAGCGCUGCACAAAGCCAUCGGAGCUCUGCCCCUGGUGAUGGGAGAGUACUUUAUUGACUGCAAGAAGAUUCCAUCACUUCCUGUUGUUUCAUUCAACAUCGGAGGGAAGAUGUUUAACCUGACCGGGGAGGAUUAUGUCCUGAAGGAGAGUCAGAUGGGCGUGUCCAUCUGUCUGUCCGGCUUCAUGGCCAUGGACAUCCCGCCUCCUGCUGGGCCCCUCUGGAUUCUGGGAGAUGUGUUCAUUGGGAAGUACUACACCGUGUUCGACAGGAGCGCAGAUCGAGUCGGGUUCGCUGCUGCCAAGUAGAAAAUGGAACAUGACAGAACAACACAACGUACUGCGAUUCUUAACUCGUGUAAUAAUAAUUAGACUUUAAAGGUUUCAUCACUGUAAGAACUGCUGUCUCACMUUUGAUUUUAAAGUUAAGAUACAGGAUAAAUAUAAAUGGUUAAAUCAGCAAUGUCGAUGUUCUGCUACUGAUAAAAUGACUUUUCUUUUUGUUGCACUUAAAUGUGAAGUUGCUUUUUAUUUCUAAAGUUUAAUAUUAGGGUGAUUUUAACAAUGCACUCUGUUUGCACCGUUUUGCAAUAACGAACAAACAAACAUGCUUUUUUUUUAAGAAACAUUUUUGGACAUUUAAAUGAACAUUGAGUAAUAAAUAUCUUACCUGUUGUAGAUUUUUGAAAAAAUUUUGUUUGGAGAAAAAGUGYUGACAUUCCUUCAGGAAGUACCUCAGGCUGCUUCAGAAGUGCUACAGCUAGCUGCCUCUGCUAUAAUAUAUAUGUAAAUAAAAGUAGGAGGAAUCAGCCUUACAUGCCAAAGUUUUAAACAAAUCUUGCACAAACAGUUUCUCUGAACUGUUGCUGUUCAAAGCGUUAUCUGCAGCAGGUAAGAUGUUUAUUCGUGUUUUUUAACAGAACCUCAGGAUGUCUAAACUAUAGCUGAAUGAACCACAUUUCUAGUUAUAAACAAGCAUCAAAAAUCAUCAGAUUUCUGAACAAUAAAGUUAAAUUAUAUCUCUUACCGUGCUUUUAUUGUACCAAAGUCUGAACAAAACAAUAAAAACUUUUUUUUGGA